CCGCUUAUCAUAACCCAAAUGUAACCUACCCAGUCAUUCGAGCGUUGUUCAUUAAUAUAAAUUUUUUUGAAGUUUUAAGUGAAGUACUAAAAUGGCCCAUAGCAGACUCGAAAAAAUUGGCACUAUAUAUACUAGGAUAACAGGGCUUAUUAGAGCUGGUUCGAUGAGUUUAGAAGAUCGACCUUUAUGGUAUGAAGUUUAUCAAGCUUUUCCUCCGAAAUAUCCCCCAAGAUAUGAUAGACCUGCUCCUGUAGAGCCAGUCCGGAAUAUAUUUUAUCCUGAAGAUGUUAUCAGGGCGAAAUUUUACAAAAGUGUAAAAAAUGUACCAAGUGUUAAUCUUAGUGACCGUAGUCGACCAUCAUUAUGCCAAAAAUGUAUUGAAUUGUGUACAAAGUUACAAAAAGAAAAUAAUUUAGAAUUAAAUGAAGCCUUUGAUCAAGCCCUUAAUACAAUUCUUAGUGAAGCAGAAACUAAAAGUGCCUCUAAACAGGAAUCUGAAAGUACUGUCGGAAGCGACAUCAAAUUAGCUAAUCAGACUACUAUAAACUGAUAAAAAAAAGAAGUGUAAAUAGUAUAAAUUGUUAGUAUUGUAUAUAUUUUUAAAAAAUAAAUAAAAUUAUUUAUCUGUGCAAUUGAUAUUUAAC